AAGCAUAUGACUCCGCAGAGAAAAGGCUACUACAAGCACCUCUCUGAAGAAGGGUUUCGGCUACAGAUUAAAAAAGUACAAAUGUCAACGUCCCCACCAACCUCUUGCGAUUGGAUGCUCCUGGUUGAACAGAAGAAUAUAAAUGUCAGAGUUACAACCAUGGACGCUGAGCUGGAGUUUGCCAUCCUGCCCAGCACGACUGGCAAACAGCUUUUUGACCAGAUAGUGAAGACGAUCGGGCUGAGGGAGACCUGGUUCUUCGGCCUCCAGUAUCAGGACAGCAAAGGCUUCUCCACCUGGCUCAAGCUCAACAAGAGGGUCACGGCUCAAGAUGUGAAGAGAGACAACCCUUUGCUGAUUAAGUUCAGGGCCAAGUUUUACCCCGAGGAUGUCACGGAUGAACUGAUCCAGGAGGCAACGCAGCGCCUCUUCUUUCUGCAGGUAAAAGAAUGCAUCCUAAAUGAUGACAUCUACUGUCCACCCGAGACUGCGGUGCUCUUGGCCUCGUAUGCGGUUCAGGUCAAACAAGGAGACUACAGGAAAGACUAUCACGUAUCGGGAUACCUCGCAAGAGAGAAGCUGCUGCCACAGAGGGUUUUGGAGCAGCACAAGCUGAAUAUAAAUCAGUGGGAGGAAAGAAUCCAGGUGUGGCAUCAAGAGCACAAGGGACUGCUGAGAGAAGAUGCCAUGGUGGAGUACCUCAAGAUAGCCCAGGAUCUGGAGAUGUACGGGGUCAACUACUUCAACAUCAAGAACAAGAAAGGAUCAGAGCUGUGGUUGGGAGUGGACGCACUGGGGCUGAACAUCUACGACAAGAAGGACAAGAUGACCCCAAAGAUUGGUUUCCCCUGGAGUGAGAUCAGAAACAUUUCCUUCAAUGACAAGAAGUUUCUCAUCAAACCAAUCGACAAGAAAGCUCCGGACUUUGUUUUCUACGUACCCCGUCUUCGCAUCAACAAACGAAUCCUGGCAUUGUGUAUGGGGAACCACGACCUGUACAUGCGCAGACGUAAGCCUGACACCAUCGAGGUGCAGCAGAUGAAGGCCCAGGCCAGGGAGGAGAAGAACAAGAGGCAGAUGGAGAGGGCUCUGCUCGAGAGUGAGAAGAAAAAGCGAGAAAAUGCUGAAAAGGAAACAGAGAAGAUUGCUCGUGAGACCAUGGAGCUGAUGGAGAGAUUGAGACAGAUUGAAGAGCAGACAAAGAGAGCUCAAGAUGAGCUGGAGGAGCAGACUCACAGGGCUCUUGAGUUAGAGAAGGAGAGGACAAUUGCUCAGGAGGAGGCUGAGCGGCUGGACAAAGACCGCAGAGCUGCAGUGGAAGCUAAAGCAGCGCUGCUGCACCAGUCUGAAAGCCAGAUCAAGAGCCAGGAAAGUCUGGCCACUGAGCUGGCAGAGCUUACCUCUAAGAUCUCCCAGCUGGAAGACGCCAAGAAGAAAAAGGACGAGGAGGCGAAUAGAUGGCAGGAAAGGGCGACGGUGGUAGAAGCUGAUUUGGAGCGAACCAAAGAGGAGCUGAAGACUAAACUCAUGGGUGUCAACAUCCAGGACUCGGUCCAGCCUCAUAUGCACGAGCACGACGAGACGGAUGAGAGCAGUGCCGAGGCGAGCGCCGAGCUGACACCUCCGGGCAUGGUCCGAGAUCGCAGUGAGGAGGAAAGAGUAACGGAGGCCCAGAAGAACCAGCGGCUGCAGAAAAACCUCAAGUUCCUGAGCAUUGAGCUGGCUGGAGCUGUAGACGAGAGCAAAAAGACCCCCAAUGACCUGAUCCACGCCGAGAAUGUGAAGGCGGGCCGAGACAAAUACAAGACCCUGCGUCAGAUUCGUCAGGGCAACACCAAACAACGCAUUGAUGAAUUUGAGUCCAUGUGA